AAUGAAUCACGUAGCACUAGAACAGCCCUUCUUCAUGCGAUCUUGCCAGACCCUAUCGGAGAAACUCCCCUCAAGGCAAAGAUCUGUCACUGCUCACUCAUUCGCUGGAAGACGAUCAGAAACUAUGUUAAAUGUGCCCAGAAACACACGGGAGUGCGUUGCGAGGGUUUCGAGAGGCUUCCGGUCAGAUCGGCUCAACACAGUGAGGGGAGCGGGUUUCAACAGUUGACGCGGAGAGAAGAGAAACCUGUGAGCGCAGGAGAAGCGAUUAAUUUUGAUUAUCUGAAAUCUUCAAGCACCUCUGUGUGGCUUCUUUUUUUUUUUUUUUUUUUUUUUUUUUGCCUCCCUGUCGUUUUACGGGUCAGUGCUGAAGGGAAUUGUCUGGAAUUAAGGAUGGAACAGCACCGGGUCCAAUUGGACUGGAUUACGGGAUUACUGGACUGAUUAUAGAACAAUCAUCGGGCAAAAGUCGCAGACGCUCUUGAGCACAAAAGGUUGGAACUGGAGUAUUUCUCGGCUCUGCAUCCUGCUUAUUUUAUUUUAUUCCACUUUGUGAGCAGACUGUGUAUGGGCGACGCGGACAGAACGCGUAUGUGCAACAGUGUGCCGCACAGAAGAAAGGGGGAAAGUAACAUGCGAUGUGAAUGGCAAAUGCUGCAUUUUGAAUGGCCAUGUCAGUGUUUCGCAGUAGCCUAGGUGUAGAUGUCGCAUAAGGGCAAUGCGCUUUUGUGAGCCGCGCUCUAACCUUCAACCACGAGAUUUAAACGCUUUAACCUUGGAUGCGGUUGGGAAUAUGAAUACUUUAUAGUCAUCGAUUAUUCAUCAAGUCCCCCCCCCAACCCAAACACACACACACGCACGCACACACACACACACGUUAAGCUUGGGGGGAAAAGCAAAGAGACACAAGGCACCCCUCCUGUAGUGUUGCUGAAUUUGAUAUUUAAUUCAUACACCAGGUGUCGUCGAGCGGUCAUCUUUGUUUACAGAAAUAGUUCAUCCCAGCUACACCGCAUCCAAAAAAGGUUAAGAUCCAAAUUAAAAAGGGAGAGCACGGUUCAGGGAUCGGUUUAAUACCUAAUUAGUGUGAGAUCAGCGUGAAACACAUGCCCAGUGCGGGUUUAGAGCACUAGGUUUUUUUUUUCUCCUAAUCAACAGGUUGAAAGUCAACCAGUUUUUUUUUCCAGUCUACCCCCGCUGCAUAUCCACUUAGAAGGGAUGCGUCUCUCUGCACCCGUUUUCCUUUUGCUGUGGGUGAAAGCCCUCACGUUAAAAAAUCUCAAUUAUUCCGUCCCAGAGGAGCAGGGACCUGGAACUGUUAUAGGGAAUAUUGCAAAAGACGGCGGGUAUGGGACUAUAGAGAGAGGAAAGAAAUCCAACUUCAGGGUGCUGGAGAAUUCAGCCCCGCAUCUGGUGGACGUUGACCCCGAGAGUGGACUAAUUUUCACCAAACAAAGGAUUGACAGGGAGACGUUGUGCAGGCGCAACCCAAAGUGCCAGCUGUCCAUGGAGGUGUUUGCCAACGACAAGGAAAUCUGCAUGAUCAAGAUUGAUAUACAGGACAUCAAUGACAACUCGCCCAGCUUUCCUUCAGAUCAUGUGAAUAUUGAUAUUUCUGAGAAUGCAGCUGCUGGGACACGCUUCCCCCUCACUAUUGCACAUGACUCAGAUUCUGGGGAAAAUGGGAUAAAGACCUAUCAGGUCACAAGAGAUGACUACAAUACCUUCUCCUUGGAUUUAAAAGUGAGGGGCGACGGGACUAUAUAUCCAGAGCUGGUGGUUCAGAGACCUCUGGAUAGGGAGGAUCAGAGUCAUCACACCCUUCUCCUCACUGCAAUUGACGGCGGGGAGUAUCCAAGAUCCGGCUCCAUGCAGAUCAACGUCAGAGUGACUGAUUCGAAUGACAAUAGCCCUGUUUUUGAAAAAUCUUCCUAUGUGCUUGAGAUUCCUGAGAAUUCUCCUCCUGGAAAAAUACUUAUAGAUCUUAACGCCACUGACCAGGAUGAAGGAAGCAACGGGCAGGUGGUCUAUUCCUUCACUGGAUAUGCAUCUGAGCGAAUACAAGACUUGUUCUCAAUAGACCCAAACACUGGCGUCAUCAAGGUCCAGGGAGAGAUUGACUUUGAGGAGAAUCCAAUCAUAGAGUUUGAUGUGCAGGCAAAGGAUCUCGGCCCCAAUCCGAUACCAGGACAUUGUAAAAUUACUGUGAAAGUGCUUGACAAAAAUGAUAACUUGCCAAUAAUAAGUUUUGUCUCUGUUCGGCAGGGAGCAAUCAGUGAGGCAGCUCCUCCAGAGUCUGUCAUAGCGCUGGUCAGAGUGACUGAUAAAGACUCAGGCCGUAAUGGCCAGCUCCAGUGCCGGGUUCUAGGAAACGUCCCUUUUAGAUUGCAGGAGAACAAUGAUAAUUUCUACACUCUGCUCACAGACAGACCUCUGGACAGAGAAACUAAAGAUGAAUAUAAUGUCACAAUUGUUGCAAGAGACAACGGAAGCCCAUCUCUGAACAACUCCAGGUCAUUCACUGUGAAAAUCUUAGACGAGAACGACAAUGCGCCUCGCUUCACAAAGACACUGUAUGUGUUGCAGGUGCCUGAGAACAACAUCCCGGGGGAGUACCUGGGCUCAGUUGUGGCCCACGAUCCAGAUGUGGGUCGUAAUGGAACUGUGUCAUACUCCAUACUGCCGUCCCACAUUGGAGACGUAUCUGUUUACACAUAUGUGUCUGUUAAUCCUACAAAUGGAGCAAUCUAUGCCUCCCGGUCCUUCAACUACGAGCAGACAAAAUCCUUUGAGUUCAAGGUUCAAGCAAAAGAUGGUGGCUCUCCUCACAUGGAGAGCACUUCUACAGUCAGGGUCAACAUUCUUGAUGUGAAUGACAAUCUUCCAGUUAUUAUUUUACCUCUGCUGCAAAAUGAUACGGCUGAGAUCCCAGUACCUAGAAACGUGGGGAUCGGGUACAUCAUUGCUACAGUUAAAGCAGUGGACCAUGACCAUGGAGAAAGUGGGCACUUAACCUAUGAGAUCACCGAGGGAAACGAUGACUACCUGUUUGAGAUUGACCCAGUGGGAGGAGAGGUCAGAACUGCCCAUACUCUCUGGGAGGAGAUUACCCCAGUGGUUGAGCUGGUGGUGAGGGUAACUGACCAUGGCAAACCCCCCUUAUCUGCCGUGGCUAAGCUGAUCAUUAAGGUGAAUACGGAAGCAAUGGCAGCAGGGGGUUCCAGCGCGAGUGGGGAAGAGCAGCACUGGGACGUGUCCCUGCCCCUCGUAGUUACUCUCUGCAUUAUCUCUGUCAUGCUCCUGGCCGUCAUGACUGCCAUCGCUGUCAAGUCCAAGCAUCAAGAUAAGGAUGCUGGGAAUUAUAACUGCCGCAUGGCUGAGUACUCCAAUCCUCCAGUGGGGAAAGGAAAAAAGAAAAGGAUCAACAAGAGUGACAUCAUGUUGGUGCAGAGUGAAAUGGAGGAGAGGGAUUCUGCGAGCCGGAUGAACGUUGUCAGCAGCCCGUCCCUGAUCACCUCGCCCAUAUGCUUUGACUACCAGAGCCCGCUGCCUCUCACAUUGCCCAGGUCAGAGGUCAUGUACCUGAAAACCACCCCAAACAGUCUGACCGUGCCCAGGUCGGGGUGCCACUCCAGCUUUGCCGGGCUCAGCACAGACACGCAACCAAAUAGGAUGUCAGUGAUACAGACUGAAAAUUUCUCAUCAGAGCCCAAUUAUACUGGUAGCAGGCAGCCGUUUGUUCAAAGUUCAACAUUUAAGGAUGCAGAACGAGCGAGUCUCAGAGACAGUGGCCAUGGUGAUAGUGACCAAGCUGAUAGUGACCAGGAUACUAAUAAAGGCUCACACUGCGACACAUCUGCCAGGGAGGCCCUCAAGAUGAAAGCGGCAUCAGUUAAUGGCCAGCCUUUUGAGAAGGAGCAAGACAAAUCAGUCCACUGCACCGAUGAAUGUCGUGCACUGGGACACUCUGACAGAUGCUGGAUGCCAAAGUUACGGGUAGGAAGCCAAGCAGACAGCGCAGAUAAUCGCACCAACCUUUUCAUCCCUGUGGGAAUGGAUGCCAUGGUAGAGACAGAGAUUUAUGGCACCAUCAGCUGCAGCAGCAGAAAAACCCUCACCACGUUCGGAAAAGAACAGCGGGACAGUACAAUCCUCGUGGCCAAUGUUAAACCUUACUUAAAAUCGCAGCGUGCGCUAAGCCCAACGCUCCAAGAGAGUCCAUCUGCGUCCACCAGCCCCACCAAGAUCGGCGUGCCCCCGGACUUGGCCAGCCGAGAGCCCAAAGAAGAGAGGGACGUGGGAUCAGACAGCAGUGCCUAUGGCCCUCCAGAUGGCCAGUGUUCCCCGCUGCACACUGAGCUGGAGGAGCCCUCCUACCUGACCUGCGAGCUCAGGCCUAAGUCCCUGUCAAGCUGUCUCAUUCACAGCUCUGUCAUCAGUCAGGAGUGUGGGGGGUCGGAUUGUGCUCCCGACCAGAGGGACUCUGGCAACUGAUAGGUGGGGCGACGGCGCUCACAUUAUUUCUCUCACCUGCAGGGGUGUGAUGAUGAUGGUAAUACCCCAGAUUGAGGACAAGGAGUUGAUUUAUUUUGACCCACAGAGGUGUUCAAACGCAUUGUAUAACCAAAAACCAUCUGCUUUCUAUGUUUUAUGUUCUGUUUGUUUAUUUUUUUUUUUUUUUUAGUUUGUGACUUGUUGUGUUUAGGUGAAAUAUGUGUCCUUGACUGGUGUGGAAGUUUUGCGCAGGAUAUGGGGGUGUGGGGAUCAGUGUUUAUCGGACUUCAAAUGUUUCCAUGGUGUACUGUACAUGUCAGGUUAGAUGUCUGUAUUUUACACAUUUCCAGCUCCGAUUAUGUGAGCCUAUUGAAAAAACUGCUACUGUUACGCUAUGAGUCCUGUCUGCUUUUGUACAGUGAAGCUUUCUGUCUCCAUUUAGUGUAUAAGGACCAUUACUUUGAAUAUCACAAAGGAGCCGAAAUACAUAUCAAGUGACGUUACAUUGAAAAAAAAGUGAAGUGUCUUAUGAACUGUUAAUGGUGGUGCAACAGGGAAUGUCCCUUUUCAUAAAAACCAUUUAAGUUCCUAUAAAAAAAGAAACAUUUUUUUAAGAUUGUAUUUGUAAUUUUAUUGUCGUCCUCUCUGCAGUUUAUGUGGAAAUAAACUGUGCUUAAUGUGGGCUACUGUACUCGUUGUGUACUUUAUUAAAUUUGUAUACACUGUG